AUAAUAGCUUGACAAUGCGUCGAUACUGUUCUGCUUAUCAUCUGUGACAGACCGACUCACAUUUCAGCCCGUUGCGAAGGAUGCAGCGGCAAAACCCGCUUCGGCUCUGCCUGGCUUUGGCAUUAGCCUUGUAUACAGGCACUCAGGUUGUGGAUGCAGCCAUACUCAAGGCAAGGGCACAAGUCACUCAGAAGUCGCUCUCAAUUGUUUUGCGUGGCGGCAAGGAGCUGUCCAUCUAUCCGCCAGUCAACAGGACAGCAGUGGAUACUUGCCCAGACGCUGCGUGGAAGAAAUUCAAGCUUCACAAAUCACCACCCGACUACGACCCACUGAAUUGGACGUCGACCGAAUGGCAGGACUACCUGCGGGACUACUGCCUGCCCACCGCGGGUCUGUCCAUCUGCUUCUUCCUCAUCGGCCUGAUCAUGAUGGUGGUGCUCACGAUGUGGCGGCUGGUGCAGUGGUGUGCGGGCUGCGGCGGCUGCCGGCGCACCUGCAGUGUGGGCGCGGAGACGCCGGAUUGGCUGGGAGACCGCAAACACGCCUGGGUCAAGGGCUGGAUCUACCUGCUGUGCGGCGGCGUGCUGGCCAUGGUGGUGUGGGGCAUGCUGGCGCUGGACGCGCAGCUGAUCGACGCCUUCUGGCGGGCGGUGCGCCGCAUCCUGGACACAGGCGACAACAUCACCAGCCAGAUGGAGGCCGUGCAGUUCACGCUCAACACCAGCCUGCCCGCCGCGGUCAACAACGUCAGCUCCACCCUGUCCGACACCAUCAACAGCGCCAACCUCACACACCUGGUGGAGAGCUCGCUGGUGUUUGCCAAGACCUCCCUGCCCAGCUCCAGUGCCCUGGCCCUGAACAGCAGUGCGCUGCAGGCCCGUGUGGCCGAUGUGGUCAACGCCACCACAACGCUGGCGGCGCAGCUGAACACAGGAGGCAGCAGCGGCGGCAGCGGCAGGCACCUGCUCGCCGCCUCCUCCUCCUCCUCCGACUACGCCACGCUGGGCUCGCUGCUGGCGGCCCUGGCCUCGGGUCUGCCGGCACUGGCCGCCGCCAACACCACCACCGCGGACAUGGCCCAGAGGCUGCGCAACCUGCAGGCUGCGGCCGCUGACGUGUCCGCCCAGCUGUCCGCCGGCUCCACCCCCACCCCCGACUCCCUGGCAGCACUGCAGGCCGCGCUCACCGGCAGCAGCAGCAGCGGUGGCGGUGUGGGGGCGCCCGUGGGCGGCGGCUGGGCGGCGCAGUUGGCGGCUGUGGUGGAGGGCGCGCGGGCGUACGAGGCGGCUGGAGGGGGCGGCGGCGGCGGCGGCGGCAGUGGGCUGUUCAACGCCACGGAGGCACUGGCACAGGAGGUGGUCAAGGGCUCCCAGGGCCUGCUGAGUGGCAGUGAUCUGGUGCAGUCGCUGUCGGCCCGGGUGGCGGACUUCCGGGCGCGUGUGUGCGCCUCGCCGCUGUCGGACAUACGGUCGCUGCUAACCAGCUUCCAGGCGCUUGUGAACAACACGGUGGACGCCUCCACCUGGACCGUGAAGGUCAGGGGCAAGAACACGCCGUUCCUGGCCCUGGUGGACAGCCUGGAGGGCGACGUGGUGGACUUCUUCGCCCGGGCCGCGUGCGGCAGCAGCGGCGGGAACAGCAGUAGCAGUAGCAGCAGUGGCAGUGGCAGUAGCAGCAGUGGCAGUGGCAGUGGAGGUCGGCGGCAGCUGCUGGCGGGUGCGGACUGGUCGCUGGACGGAUUCAUUGCGUCCAUUGCCAACGGCUCCGCCACCGCCGCCAGCCUGAACGCCACCGCCGCCGUGUUCGCCGCCGCCGCCGCCGCCGCGGAGCAGGCCGCCGCCGCCGGGCCCUCCUCCUCCGCCGCCUCGGCCGCCGUGUCAGGCUCGCUGACCCCCGCACUGGCCGCCGCCGCCGCCCCCCUGGCAGACCUGUCUUCCGUGCUGGCAGCUUACGUCGCGGGCAGUGCCAGCUCCAGCCAGCUGCAGGCCGCGCUGUCCGCCGCCUCCGCCCCGCUGGCCAAUGCCACCUCCACAUUCGGCGGACCCGGGGCGGCGGUGGACCCGGCGGGGUCGCUGCAGGCGGCGGCAAACAGCCUGCUGUCCGCCAGCUCCUCCCUGUCCGCCGCCAGCUCCUCCCUGUCCGCCGCCCUGGCCUCCAGCGGCACAGGGCUGGCGGCGCUGCGGGUGCAGGCGGGCGCGGUGGGGGCGGCCGCAGCCGCCUACUCAGACCUGGUGGACGGGAAGGUGCGCCAGCAGGACGUGCGUGUGUCGCUGGUGAUGUCGUACUACUUCUACAACACCCCCUCAAUGGCCGACCUCAACACAACAGACAAGACCGCGCCCGUCAAGACACUCAUCGAGGCGGCCUUUGACGUGUCGUACGACGACAUCAUGGCCCAGGCCUCCACCGUCAACACCACCCUGCUGCAGACCCUGGAGCAGGACUACGACCUCAAGGGGGCGACUCUGUCGGCUGUGCGCAGUGCCGUGGCGCUGGUGUUCGGGCCGGACACGGGCCUGCUGGCCAACAUCACCAACAUACUCAGCCUGCUCCACUACGACAGCAUCAACCCGCUGUACGUGAGCGCCAAGGACCUGUUCUGCUGCGCCGCCGGCACCUUCGCCUUCAACCAGUGGUGCGCCAUGACGGCGGCGGCCGCCCUCACGUUCGCCGCGCUGGUGGCGGCCGCCUACCUGCUGGCGCGCAUGGACAUGAUCGGCCUGCGCGCGGGCUGCUGCAGCUGCUGCACCUGCGCCUGCUACAGGCCCGCAGACAAGAACAAGCAGCGGGAGGAGGAGGCCGUGGACAUGGCGGCCGCGGCGGCCCUGGCCAAAAAGGGCACUGCGGCCCAGGAGGCGCAGGAGGCGCAGGAGGCGCAGCUGAGGGCCGCCGCCAAGUACGGAGCGGGGCCGCAGCACGGACUGCUGGCGGCGGCGCCGGUGGGGGCGGCGGCGGCGGCGCCCAGUGGCGGGCCGGACGCGCUGCCGACCGGCUUUAUGACGGCGGCGGGCGGCGCGGCGGCCUUUGCGGCACUGGCGGAGGCGCCUGCGCAGCAGGGGGUGGUGGCGGGGUACCCCUACCACCAGCCGGCCACCUACACGGCACCCUACCCGCCGCCGCCUAUGGGCAAAUGAACCAAUCCAGCAUCCGGGGACAUCGGAAAGCGAAAAUAAGGGAAGGGUAGCCGUCAAUGAAAGACGGGAGGUUUAGAGGCGCUGGACGUUGUGCACAGCAGCGGCAAUGCACGCAGGAGGGAUGGAGACACGUGCGUGCGUGCAGCUGUUAAUUUACAAAUAGCAGGGCGGUAGUGCGUGGGACUGGGAUUGAUUGAGGCGCCACACUGCUGAAGUUCCAGAAACCUCGAAGACUGACGUGAGAGCUGGUAACUGUGAUAAGGGAGCUUCAGUUAUGCGUUUCGCACGUGAGUUUCGCACACUUCAUAUAGUGGUGUUGGCGCCGUGUGAACAACACGAGUACAGGUGGUAUCAUUGCAUCACUGGACGAGUGGAGGGCCAUGCCGCGGUGGCCGCUGGAGGCUCAGAAGAAGUAGUGAGCGACAGGGAAAGCCGAGAAUGGUCGAACGGCGCCAGCCUGGCUCAGUGCAGUCCUGCAGUGCACAGGCGUGUGUAUGGCUGUACCGCAUGUACGACUGUAUGAAGAUCAAGUCCGAAGCAGCACGGACAGGCAAGCACUCCCGCUCCUCCCCGAGCUCCCCCCCAGGCGGCCACAACCCCAAUCGC